AUGACAGACCCUCGCAUUCGGCAGCUGGUGAUUAAAUCCGGAGUGGUCCGGCGGUUGACCAGGGAGAAGUAUUGCUACGCCAAGGAAGUGGUGACCGAGCAGGCGAGGUUGGAGAAGCUCAGGGGCGACGGAGCCGACGACCACGUACUGCGCAAGCAGGAGGAGGUCAUCCAGGAGUGCAUCAUGAUGGUGCCCGACUCCAAGAGAAGACUGCAGAAGGAGUACGAGGUACUGGAGAAGUACCUCGCCGAUGAGCAGGACCUGAUCGAGACAGAUUCGUAUAAGAAGGCAGCGGAGAUCCUCAAAGACGCCAAAGCUGAACUGGAGACCUAGAACCACCCCUUCACUUCAUUCACUGCCCCUAAUGUCAGCAUUAAUGCUGGCUCCUCAUGGCAAUUCCAUCUCCAAGUUCUGAGCUGCAGAGCGGCUUGAAUCCCCACGUGCUGAGCUAAUACUCUUUCCCUUUGUUUUAAAAAAAUUGCAUUAUAUUUUUUUUUUAAAUGUAUUACAAGGAAUCGGCUAGUUGCUGGUGGCGUUCGCCUGACUUUCGCUUAAUAAAAA